AUGUGUAUUGAUUACCGCCAGCUGAACAAGGUUACGGUGAAGAACCGUUAUCCUUUGCCUCGCAUUGAUGAUCUGUUUGACCAGCUUCAGGGCGCACAGGUGUUCUCUAAGAUUGACUUGCGCUCAGGUUACCAUCAGUUGAAGAUUCGGGAGCCAGAUGUCCCGAAGACUGCUUUCAGGACUCGGUAUGGUCAUUACGAGUUCCUUGUUAUGUCUUUUGGGCUGACUAAUGCCCCGACAGCUUUUAUGCAUUUGAUGCACAGUGUAUUCAGGCCAUAUCUUGACUCGUUCGUGAUUGUUUUUAUUGAUGAUAUUCUGGUGUAUUCCCGGAGUCGGGAAGAUCAUGAGCAGCAUCUGAGGACCGUGCUACAGACCUUCAGGGAGAAAAAGUUAUAUGCAAAGUUCUCAAAAUGUGAGUUUGAAAAAGGGACGCAGGCUAGGGAAGAAAGGGUCAAGGAGACUCUGGGGUAUCAUUUUGGUGGUUUUGGGGUCAGCGCCGCCACCGGAGAAAAGGGGAUUGAGGAGAGUAUCUGUUGCGAUUUUGGCAAGGUUUGGAGAUCAAACACCGCCGCAUGGCGAUUUCCGGUGGCGGCGGCGGUGAUGUCAGGCAAGGGUCGAGGUAACAGUGAUCCUACUGGUUCUCGGGGUAGAGAAAAGCCUAGGAAACAAAAGAGGAGGGUAGAAGGUACUACUCAAUCCGUUCCUGCCUCUUCACAGAUGCCUGUGCCUGUGCCUCCACCCUAG